ACCGUCUACAGCUACGGUACAGCGUUAAUCAAGUGAUGGUUUUAAGUAAUUGUGUUAAAAUCGCGACUCGGCAACUGUAACGGUAGUCGAGGACACGUCUGAUAAAAAAAUAAAACGUGCAAGCAUGUAAAGUUCGUACAAACGAUUGUUAACGAUAACAUUACGGUAGAUAAGCUCUGACACUUCGUCGUCGAAUCUCUUACGUGUUAUUCCGAACAUCCGUUUCGCAAAAAAUCAUGAAAAUCGUUUGACGGCACUUACGCAAUUGCGAUAGUGGUGUGCGUGAUACGUCCGAUCACUUUUGAAACGAAUACCGAGUUUGUGGAAGGAUUGCACCGAUAAGGGGGGCCCCGCAGUCAAAAGACUAAAUUUUUCAUCAUGAGCACUAUGAAGGAAGAGGCAGGUCCUUCAAAACCAUUGGAUUCUGCGACAGAGGAUAAUGAAAAGGAUAAUCGAAUAUUUGAGUGCAACAUUUGUCUUGAUACCGCAAAAGAUGCGGUUAUCAGCAUGUGUGGGCACUUAUAUUGUUGGCCUUGCUUGUACCAGUGGCUACAGACCCGUCCAAUAAGACAAAAGUGUCCUGUAUGUAAAGCUGCAAUCAGUAAAAGUAAGGUCAUUCCCUUGUAUGGACGUGGAGCUACAAAGCAUGAAGAUCCGAGGAAUAAUGUUCCACCGCGUCCUGCUGGGCAAAGGACAGAAUCUGAAAACAAUAUUGGAUUUUUUAAUUUAGGGUUUGGAGAUGGUUCUUAUAUGUCAUUUGGUAUUGGAACAUUUCCAUUUGCAUUUUUCACAUCAACUUUCAAUUUUGGGGAAACACGACCUGGUGCAGCUCCUAGGGGAACACCUCAGUAUGUGGAAGAGCAAUUCCUUUCAAAGGUGUUUCUGUUGGUGGCAUUCGUAUUCAUGUGUUGGCUUCUGAUGGCAUAAUAUUUUUGUUCGACCAUUCUUCUUGCUCCAUAUUUUGUAAUCCUAUCUAUUUGUUAGAUCGACUCAUUACAUUUUUAUUAAUACAUCAAUCUUUCCCCGUUUGUGCAAUCGUUGUUACUCGAUGUAGUAACUACACCUGCUUGAAUAAACAAACGGGAUUUAAUUGUUGUAGCUAUAACAUCUUUACAUGUACAUACAUUUUAUUUUUAAUCUUUUGUGAUCAUAAGAAGAGAAGAAUAAAUUUUAUAUCUAAACACAACACUAUUAAUGUCCUUAUUGGCAAUGUAAAACAGACGUAGGUUGUCUCCUUAUUAUUAUACUUUUGCUAAACAUACGUAUUCAAGCAGGUCGUUUUUAUGAUUUCUGAAAAUCUGAAACCUACUCUUAUAUUUAUGUAUAUACAUAUAUGUAUAAAUAUAUCAUGUUUAGAUAUGUAAGAUAUUACCUAUACAACAAAGAACAUACAUAACAGGUUUUUUGCAAAAACCUAACAAACAUAGUUUUAUUAUAUUAACAUGGACCUAUGCAGGUUUAACAAACUGCUAAUAUAAACAGUGUAUAUAAUCUGCAUAUAUAAGUCAAAUUGAUACUAGAUGCAAAUGAAAGAAAGGUUAAUAACAUAAACAUAGUUUUUAAUUUUUUUCGUUUUUAUUUACAUUAUGGUUCUGAAAAUAAAAAAAAAAGGUAAUUACAAAAUAAUAAAUUAUGUUCUAUAAUUGAAAAAGGUAACUACAAUAAUUUACAUUUUAAUCCGAUAUUAAAUAAGUUAUUAAAAUGGAGGUAAAUUGACAUUCCACGUAUAGUUCUUACA